CCGGAAGUACACAAUAAAAUAAUUCCAACGUUUUGAAGGCGCGUCGUGAGAGCUUAUGUUAGCUAGCUCCAAGUAAAUUUUCAGGAAUUCCGCAACCGGUUAAAUCAGGCGAGAACCUCUGCGUGCACCAGGACGGUGUUGUGGUCGCGUGCAGCAUGCAGGAGCCCGCGAGUCGCUCGCCCACGUACACGGUGACCUGCGAGGACUAUGUGCACGUGGUGGAGUUCAGCCCGUAUGACUGCGGAGCCGCAGCUUCCCUUCUGGCCUAUGGCGGGAAGCAGUAUGUGGUGGUGGGAACGUGUCGCUUUAAGGAGGAGGAUGUGGAUGUAGAAGGAGUGGAAUUCAACACUCUUCGUAUCUUCAUGCAUGGGGUUCGUGUGGAUACCCUCGCUUGGAGUCCAGAAUCCAGAAUGGACAAACUACCACAGAUUAUCAGGUUUUGCACUGCAGCAGCUGAUAGGAAGAUAAGACUGUUUACUUCAGACCUUCAGAGCCGACAUGAUGUGACGGUGAUGAAGGGACACACUAACUAUGUCAAUCACGUGGUGUUCGAGCCGACAGAGGGGAAGCAGAUCGCAUCAGUCAGCGAUGAUCACACCUGCAGGGUCUGGGACCUGGAAGGCCGUGAAGCUGCGUCAUUUCGUCUGUGGUCUCCGGGGGUCAGCGUGUGCUGGCACCCUGAAGAGGCUUAUAAGCUGAUGGUGGCUGAGAAGAAGGGAACCAUCCGCUUCUACGACCUGGUAACCCAGCAGGCUGUGCUGUCUCUGGACAGUGGAGGCAUGCCCCUGAUGUCGGCAGACUGGUGCCUCAGCAACACCAUUAAGGUGGGCGCAGUGGUUGGCAGCGAUUGGCUGAUCUGGGACAUUACCCGCUCCAGUUAUCCUCAGGAGAAGAGGCCAGCCCAUUUGGACAAGGCUCGCCUCUUCAGGUGGUCAAGAGCCAAUGAAGAUCUUUUCUCCACUACUGGCUAUCCAGGAAAGAUCAGCAGUCAGUUACUUGUCCAUCACCUUGGUCACCCUCAGCCUGUGUUGAUUGGCUCGUCCACCGUGGGGGCGGGUCUAAGCUGGCAUAGGACCCUCCCCCUCUGUGUGAUUGGUGGAGAUCGAAAGCUGUCCUUCUGGAUGACGGAGAUGUGAGCUGGCUUCUAGCAUCUCGGGCGAUGCCUGUCAUCUGAAGAAUGUGUCUAUUUUUAUAACUCUUUUCCUCAAUAAAGUGUCAUUUUUCACACGCUGUCA